AUGACCAAACCUGAUGACAAGACAAUAAUCAUUGGUGUAUGUAAUUAUGGAUCUGUCAAAAAUAUGAACGAUUUUCAACGACUAGAACAUGUUGAAUUACUGAAUAAUUCGUCAUCAUCUCGAGAUCAAGAUUUGAAAGAUGUUAGUCAAUUACGAGCUGGUCAACAAAGUCUGGAAAUGAAUCAUACAUAUUUUAUAUUACUUGACGAUGGAACACUUCAAUCUUACAACAUAGGUGAUUAUCGUACUCGACUUGCAAAAACUAUUUCCAAUGGACGUGCAAAACAAACUUUAUCAAUACCCAUUGUAUCAGUUUUAUUCGAAGGUGGUGAAGAUUCUGUAAGAUCUAUUUAUAAUGAUCUUCGUAGAAAUAUUCCUGUCAUCAUUAUUAAUAAUACUGGUCGUAUAGCUGAUUAUCUUGUUCAAUGGUUAUUACGAACACAAGAAAUGGAUCUUGAUAUUAAUUGGACAACACCAGUAAAUAUUAAUGAAGAAAAUGAUACGUGUAUAACAUUAAACAAGACUUUCAAAGGAAAAGAAUCGACUAGUUUACAUUCUGAUAAUUUUCAAUCUAUGGAAUCUGAUGAUUCUAAUAAAUUUAGUCGAAAUCGAUUACGCAUGAAAUUUGAUAAAUAUUUUAAUUCUAUGUAUGAUGAAUUAACUCAAGCAAUUAAUGGAAUUGAUAGUGAUCAUCCAACAAAAAUUAUUAAAUCAGAUAAAUUGAAAAAAGUCAAUGAUGAGAUUAUUCUUAUGGUACUUUAUUGUUUACAACCGAUGGUUCGCUCAAAAAUUAGUGUAUUCAAUUUUAAUAAAGAUGAAAAAUUAUCAGAAAUAAUUCUUCGAAGUAUUUGUAAAUCUGUAGAAAGUAAAAUCAAACUAAAGAAAUUAAAUUUGAAUAAACAUGAAGAUUUUAUAUCAAAUUUUGAUUAUUUACUUGAAUUAGCACUUGAUUGGGAUUGUAUUAAUACAGCAAAAGAAUGGAUUGUUCAAGAUUCUCUUGAUAAUAUUUAUGAUAGAAAAUCGAUUUUUUGUCGAGCAUUAACAAAACAACGACAUAAAUUUGUUCAUUAUUUUAUUCAACUUGGACUAGAAAUCGAUGAAAUAUUUUUUCAUCCAAAACUUAAUCCAUUUGCUGCAAGAAAUAUUAAUAAAGAAAACAAACGUUAUAGCGAAUUUUUGAAAAUUUUAUAUACUGAAGAAGCUAUUAAUCGAGACGAUUGGUUACUUCGAAAUAUUGUGAAAACUACUGAUGAUCAAAAUCGAAAAGUUAUUCAUUCAACAGAUGAUCUCAAUCGAUUACUUCGAGUUCUUGUCGGCGGUUAUAUGAAACCACUUUAUUAUGAUUCUCAAAUAGAAGAACAAGAAGAUCGUAUGGGAGUUAAACAUUUUACAAAUAUUAUUUUACCAAUAGAAGAUAUUGAACAAGGACAAUUAAUUGCUAGUGAUGCUGUUUAUAAACAAUUAGCAAAAGAUUAUAUUAUUCGUGAUCUUUUUCUUUGGUCUGUUAUUAUGAAUUAUAUGGAUCUUGCUAAAGUAUUUCUUGCUCAUAUGAAAGAUCGUAUUUGUGCUGCUUUAAUAGCUGUAGAAAUUCUAUCACAUUUACGUGAUCAUUCUUCUGAUGCUGUUUAUGGAGAUAAAAAAGCGGAUCUUACUCAUUGGAUUAAUUAUUUUGAACAAUAUGCUAUUAAUUGUAUGGAUUUAUGUUUUAAAAAUGAUCCAAAUAUGACACGAAUAUUAGCUAUACAACGUGUUGAAAUGUUUGGUGAUGUUACUUGUCUACAGGUGUCUGAUGAUGCUAAUUCCAAACGAUUUGCUUCACAUCCUUGUUGUCGACAAGCAGAGAAUAGUAUUUGGUAUGAUAAAUUACAUUCUGAUCAAUUUCAUUUACGGUAUUAUAUUGGACAAUUGAUUGGUUUAUGGACUUUAGGUUUACUUGCACCGUUUACUGCACGUUUUCGAACAGUAGAUCAAAAUCCACUUCCGACUGAACCAAUUUUGCAAUCAUAUGGUAUUAAUUAUUGUGAUCCAUAUGCUAUUAAUCAUUUUGAUGAACCUAUUAAAAAGAAAUUAUAUCAAAUAUGGCAAUUUCAUCAAUCUUUACAUAUUAAAUUUACCUAUCAUCAUAUUCAAUAUAUGGCACUUUUGUUCUUGUUCAGUUAUGUUCUAUUAUUUCAUUUUGAUCCAAUCAAAGUUGACCGUCCAUCAAUUGAUUCAGCAGAAAUUCUUGUCAUUAUAAUUGUUUCAUGUAUGUUUAUUGAAGAACUUCGAAUUUUUUUUAAUCAAGAUAGCCUUUCAUUUUUUGGCAAAUGUCAUAAUUAUUUUCGAUAUUUCUUCAAACAAUUAUGUAUAAUCUCAUUUGUUUUAUUCUAUAUUGGUUUAAUAUUACGAUGUCAAGCUGUUGGAUAUUCUGCAACGUUUCAAGCAGCUAGAAUUAUUAUGGGAUAUGAUUUAUGGCUUUGGUGGAUGGGAUCUCUUUCAUUUAUUAUUGUCAAUCCAUUUCUUGGACCACAUUUAGUCUCGAUUGGAAAGAUGUUGAAAAAUUUAUCAUUUUUUGCUAUUUUAAUUGCUAUUGUUAUGACUGCAUAUGGUGUAGCCUCACGAUCGAUGGCUUUUUAUGGUACAUUUAAAUUUAAUGGUCGUAAUGUACUUCGUUAUGUUCUAUAUCCUGUUUAUUAUUUACUCUAUACAAAUGUAUCUGGUGAAUUAAAUGGAUUAGAUGAAUCUAAACUUGACAGUCCCAGUAUUGCUACACAUAUUUUACUUGCUUUUCAUAUGCUUUUAAUUAAUAUUCUUCUUGCCAAUUUGCUUAUUGCUAUGUUUAAUAAGAGCUUUCAAGAUGUACAAUCAAUUCAAUCGAAUAUUUGGAAUUAUCAACAAUAUUCGGUUGUUCGAGAAUAUUAUGAUCGACCACCGUUAUUUAUUCC